UCGACCCCUGUACUAAAAAAAAGCCUUUUUUUGUUGCGGCGGACGCGCGCGCUCCCCAGCGUCAACGUCGUACGUGCGCGUUUCCGAGAAGCUGUGACCAAGAUGGCGAGCGUUCCCGGAUCAACUGUAGUUCCCCGCAAUUUCCGGCUGCUGGAGGAACUGGAAGAAGGUCAGAAAGGAGUGGGAGAUGGAACAGUUAGUUGGGGCCUUACCAACGAUGAUGACAUGACUCUCACUCACUGGACCGCCACCAUUAUUGGACCCCCCAAGACGAUGUACGAAGGCAGAAUAUACACUCUGAAAAUCGAAUGUGGAUCCAAAUAUCCAGAUCAUGCGCCUCAAGUACGCUUUAUGACCAAGAUCAACAUGGUGGGAGUACAUACAUCAAAUGGUCUGGUGGACAUGAAGGCUGUGACUUGCUUGAGCAAGUGGAAGCACGUUAAUACCAUACGCAUGGUGCUGCAGGAGCUCAGACAACAUAUGAUGUUGAAAGAGAACGGCAAGCUUUCCCAGCCACCUGAAGGCCUAGUGUACAACUGAUGCACCUGCCUCCUACCCCCCUCCUCUUCAUCUACACGCACACACACAGACACACACACACACACACACACCUCAGAGCCCACAUACUCAACACUGGCUAAACCACUUUGGCUCCACAAGUGUCAUUUUAUCCAUCUGAAGCUUCCCAUUGGACAGUGAGAGGAAUGUACAGGCUACUUCCUCACCGAGAUCCCCAUUCUGGUCCUUGGAGCAGGUGUGACCUUCCAAUCCAAAACAUACUGUGCAUUUUUAGCCUCUUUGUGUUACACUUCAAGAUUGUAAAGUAACCAUGUGCAUAUUGAUUGUGUGGUGGAAGAGUAAAUCCUCCAAAAUCUGUCGGUACUGUGGUGAGGGUUUGAAAUCAAAUCUCUGACAGUGUAAUGGAUGUUCACGUUCAGACCAUUCCGAGGUUGUUGUUUUUUUUUUUUUAACAACUACACACCUUUACUGUAUGUCUGAACUCCAUUCCCAAAUAAUACAUCACGUGAUCUCAGAGGUUAUUUUAGUCUCCAUUGAGUUCCCCAGUUCCUGCAAUCCCAAAGAUGUGAAUGUGUCAGGUCCUCCUGACAAAAGGAGCAAGUCUGACACAUGGGGAGGAAAGCUUCGAGGGGGACAUUCAGCAAUGCAUACACAGUCGUCCCUUGUUUAGCGCGGUUAAUUGGUUCCGGACACGGCCGCGAUAAGUGAAUUACCGCCAAGUAGGAUUUAAUAUUGACAAAUUGAAUAUUUUCCUAGUUCCAGCAUAGAAAACCUAUUUGUGACUUUCUAGCCAUUAUUAGAGCCCUGUAGACAUGAAAUAACACCCCUAUUGUCACUGUUACAAUCCUAUUAUUAUUUGUUUACAGCACAUUGCUCAACUGCAAUACGCAGGCUACGGUAUCACUGCAGAGACACAAGAGACAGACGCUGCUUUAAACAUAGCAUGCUACCAAGCUAACUAGCUAGCCUCCAAUGUAUUUAUUCUAAACUUAAAGGAUUUCAAAUGGCAUGGGAAAGUUCUUUUCACUCUAUCAUGUCUAGGGUUGGGCAUUGAGUCUCGAGCAUCGACGGGAACCCAGACUAACAUUCCGAUUCUCCCAGGAUGGUUAAGAAGUUUUUAUUUUGAUUCUUUGUUCCGAUGCCAACUUCGCCGACCGGAAGAAAUAGCCACGAACACCAAUGAAGGGGAAGCCAGCCGGCGAGCACCAGCGAAGAAGCGGCUAAAAAGUUUGGCUUAGUUUCAUAAAAAAAAGUGCAGUUGGCUCAGUGCGGCAUUUGCAACACAAUGAUAUCAUGCAAAGGAGGAUGCACGGGCAACGUAAUUUAAUGUUCACACAUUCAUAGUGUAGAAAUGGUACCUCUUCCUUGAUGCGCGACAUCACGCUUCCUCUAAGCAGUCAGAAUCAGUGAAGUCAAACAAUAAAUGACGCCUGUCUCAUACCAUUGUAACCCAGGUUUUCCGGAUGCCAGCUGAUGUGGAAGUUUGGUGUAAAUAAAGGACGAGAGCUACGGCUAGGCAAGUUCAAUUACACAGUCCGUCUCUUCUUAGCAGUUAAUAGUCAAAGGACCUUCUCAACUCACACAAAACACUUCUGGCCUUCAAAAUAAGAGCUCUAUCCCAUUUACUUGUGUUAACAAAAUAAGUGUGUUGUAAAAAAUAGUUUACACCAACAUUGAGGCAGCAAAGAAACUGGUUGAAAAUAGUCCUGUAAGAAAUGAAUUGUAAAGUCGAUAAAAAGUUCAUAUCAUUUAACAAUUCAUUUAGAAGUUCAGUCAUUUCACCCAAAAAGAGCUCUGAUUAGUGCCCUCAUUUAAACCAUGCAAACUGUUAUGACCCUGCUGUUUAAAAGCAUCAGUAUUGAGAAUCGUUAGGAACAGGAAUUGGAAUCGGAACCAGAAUCGUUUAAUUCAAAUGAUGCCCAACCGUAAUCAUGUCGGACAUGCCAUGGCUGACUACAUGCAGUGUAAGGUAAUGCAAUGUAACGUCACGUCUCAGCAAUGUAACAUUAAUGAUGCCUAAUGACCAGAAUGCUACACAUAACUUGUCUUUCAAUAGUUUUUACUAGUAAUGGGCCAUAGUCAACCACAAACAGCGGUCAUUCAUUUAAUUUCCAAAAAAAAACACGAUAGAGUGAGGGAGCGAUGUAGCGAGGGACGACUGUAUCACGAAAAGCACUGCAGGGUCAUCAACGUAGGAAGAUGUGUACGCGUGUGGUUUGCUUCCUAGCGCUUUGUGAUGGAGGUAGAUUUGGAGAGGGUUGGGUGGAGACGUCACUCUGCAGAGAUCAAGUGUGUGUGCUGGGCACUUGUCUGGAUUGCCACUUUGCCAGGGCCCGUGCUGACUUCUUAUAUUUCUUUGCUGUUAUUUUGGGAGUUUCUUGUUUUGGUUUCUUAAAUUUCUGGGCUGACCUGCGUGUAUUCCCUGAAGUAGUUUCUCAUGUAGUGAGUGCCCACUGAGCAAUGUAUGGCUUUGGAUGUUUAUUUUAUAACAGGAGAAUUCAAUCAGGGUGAUGGGGACCUGUUGCAUGGUUUUGUUUGAAUUAAAUGUUAUUACUUUUGCA